CUCGUGCCUCACCGGCCCGUCGGUCGUCUCGAGCGCUGCUGAAGAAGACGCUGAAGCACCAGACCGGUACCGGUCUUCUUUUUUUUCUUCCACCGCUUCUCAUUUAGUUUCGGUAGUAGAGUCACAGUCCGGCAGCUUCUUGUCGUUAGCAAGGUGAGGAAGAGGAGGGGGAGAGAGGAGAGGAAGAGGAGACAGACAGACAGACAGACAGACAGCAGUAUCUUGGCGCAUUGGAUCUUAUGGAUUAUUGAGAAGUGGAGGCCGAGACGCGGAUCAAUAAUUCACAAGGACUUUUAAAAGAGGAGAAGUGUGAUAGUGCGGAGAUUCCCUGCAGUGAUUCACCUGCCCGGUUUAACGCUCGUUGCGCUCUCACUGACCGGAGACCUACAGACUAGAUAUCUGGGAACCGGAUAGGACCAGAGACCCGGGGACCGGAGACCUGGGAACCAGCGCUGCUGCUGAAAGUCGAUUCUGCAACUCGCGUGCAGCGUGUCUGAGUGUGUAUGUGUGUGUGUGUGUGUGCUUGGGAAGAAGCCCCCUGCUGCAGUACUUGUCUACUGUAGCCUGUACUGUUAAAGGGAUGCCACCGACUUGCUGACGGACUCCCCGCACCCCUCCCCUCCUCCUCCCCUCCCGCGCGGACGGACGCACCGACCCCUGCGAUCCCCACUAAUAUGCAAUGGUUUUUUGUGCAGAAGCCGACAGCUGCCGCGUACCACCGACUUCCCGCUAGCGCCGCCGCAUGCGUGUCAACCGCUCCUCUCCCCUUGCCGCGCGGCAGACGACGCCAUUUGAAGAGGAGCGCCCGGGGGCUUCGCACGCCGCGGCGGCCGGGCGGCAGCAGCAUCAGCAGCGACCCCCCCUCCGUCGCUGAGGACCACCCACCGCUGGGGAAUCCGAAGGCGCACACCGCGGGGGUAAGCGCAGCGGCGGUCGCUCUUUCCCUGCCGCACGAGGAAGAGUUCGACGCGGAGUACGUGCGGCUGCUGAUCUUCGCGCUCGCUGAGGAACCGGGCGAGAAACCCGGCUCCGAGCCGGGCUUCCAGCUCUCGUUCUUGUCUAUGGUGCAGAUCGGGAGGGCGAGGCACCGCCGAACUGAGCCCAACAGCUGGCCGGCACUGCUGGCAUGCAAACAGGGGGGCGGAUCAGCCCCCAUGCGGUGGGUGAAUUUUAGGCUGCCGCAUCCGGAGCGCUUCUCGUUCCCCACCUCCUCUUCCUCUUCCUCCUCCUCCUCCUCCUCCUCCUCCACCACCCCCGCCAAAUCCAUGCGGUUUAUUUGGAACAACAUUUUCAGCAAAGGAUCGCAUAUGCUGCAGUGUCUUUGUGGCAGUAGCCUCAAGAAAACCAAGAACCCAACUGAACCACAGCUGAAGGGCAUAGUGACCAGGUUGUUCUGCAGGCAGGGCUUCUAUCUCCAGAUGGGCCAGGAUGGAAGCAUGGACGGGACCAAAGACGACAGCACCAACUCCUCUCUGUUUAACUUAAUUCCCGUGGGUCUGAGAGUCGUGGCCAUCCAAUCAGUCAAGACCGGCCUCUACAUCGCCAUGAACGGAGAGGGUCACCUCUACUCAUCGGAACUGUUUACAGCAGAGUGCAAGUUCAAGGAGUCUGUGUUUGAGAACUACUACGUGAUCUACAGCUCGAUGCUCUACAGACAGAAGGAGUCGGGCCGGGCCUGGUUUCUGGGCCUCAAUAAAGAGGGACAAGCCAUGAAGGGCAACAGGGUCAAAAAGACCAAACCAGCUGCACACUUCCUGCCUAAACCCAUUGAAGUUGCGAUGUACCGAGAGCCUUCGUUGCACGACGUAGGGGAGGCGGUGCCUAAACUCGCCGGGGGCCCGCCUUCCAAAAGCACAACCAGCGAACCUGUGGUCAUGAAUGGCGGCAAACCGGUCAACAAACCCGACAAGGAGGCGACAUAACCUUGCUCCCUCCUCCCUACGCCCUAUUUACCCUUCCCUAGCCAACCAGAGGCCGGGAAAAGCCAGAGCCCCGCCCUACUGCUGCGUGGUCAAAAGAACUAAACUGCAACAACAAGGUAACCAAACAAACAGCAGCUCAACUUCUGACUGCUCAGCAGUGGGGCCGCAGGUCCCGCCCACCUGGCUCCCUAUUGGACGGAUCUGGUGUGGUGGGGGCGAGCCGGAAGGACAGGACAGCCGCGGUCGGUGGCGGGGGGGGGGAAGCGGCGGACGAAGUCGCCGAAGUUGGGCCGAUGCCCGGUAGAUACUUUGGAACUGGGACAGGGGCACGACCCCAAGGAACAAAACGACUCUUUACAGAUACAAACAAAAAAGACGGGGAGAAAAAAAGAGCUACGUCGUCCUCGCUGGUGUUUUCCUGUGACAAUCUGUAAGAAUCUGGGCCCUUUCUUUCCUCUCCUGAUAGUACCGUUUUCUGUUGCAAGGUGUGCUCGCUCGCUGGUGGCUACACACACACACACACACACACACACACACACACACACACACACACACACACACACACACACACUCACACUCACAGCUCCCACCCAAAAUCGACCAGUUGGAUUCGAUCUCUGAGUAAAUAAUGAAUAGAUUAAAAAACAAACAUCAGGCAAAGAGAACGCUUUAAAUACCAAACACCGAUGAUUCAGCGGCUGCUUACUCAUCGAUCAAUUAAGCACAGGACAUUCUGUGCUCAGCUAACAGCAAAAUAUACCUGAAAUUGGCCCUGUGCGUUACAUGCAUUGCAAACACGUGGUAUUGCCUGUCCCUAAUUUGCAUCACGAACUAUACAGUUUGUCUAUUUGACAUCACCUGGCUCAAUGAAGCACGUUUGUCCCUUCGUUUUGCUUUGACACCCUGCACACGCACAAGUGACCGCCGACCUGCGUCACCCGCCGUUACUUAGAUCGCUACGAUUUCCACGCCGCUGACACGAGAGAGAGAGAGAGAGAGAGAGAGAGAGGCGAUGGUAUGACGCGGCGAGGGGGGGAGAGCGCCGGCGUCAAGGCGCCCCGAUGAGUGUGCAGCUGAAGUUUGUAGCGACUCGGAGUGCAUAGGAGCAGCAGGGUAGCAGACUGUGUUUACACCGAGUAGCAGCUGUGCAGAAGCAGUACUUUUUCUUUCUGUUGCUUUCCCAAGUGCUUGAAGUUAAAGGUAGUGAACAGGGUAAGUCCGUCCAGGAUUACCAAGAUGGACGACUGAAAAGCCUUUCAAUCUGCAAAGUUACGUAUAACUGUAGUUGAGGUGGAGUAUUUAACAUUCAUGUCAACAUGACUCUCAGAAAUGUAGUAUAAAGUAGCGUGAAGUAAAGUACAAGUACCGUAUAAUUGUAGCACAGUUCGUAAGUCAGUACGCGACAUGUUCUUACUUUCCACCAGUGGGCGCAGAUCCGAUCUGAUCACAUGCGUAUUUAUUGCAGAGUAAAAACAGCGAGUACGUGAUUAAAUUUGCCUUCACAGUGGCCUAAAAAAGCAGGCGGCGGUCACUAAAAAAAGUGUUCGAAAUGUGGUAAAAAACCAAUAGCACACGACGACUGAAAACCAAAUAUAUUCCCACGCUUCGCCCUCUCACUGUGACAGUCAACACGGCACCAAUCUGUUCUGGACCCGAAUCCUGUUCAACAGCCGGGCCUUCUGUUUAUUGAGUCUUUCUUAUUAGACGGCGAGCACAGAAAGCGUCCCCUGUAGUCCGUCCCGUUGCCGAGGAGACGCGAGUACUGUGGAGCCUCACGAUGAGCGUCGGUAGGGAGCCUAGGCCCUCUCGCUUAGAAUCGGGGGGCAAUUCCGACAGCGUGCAUUUAUGUCGCACCACCGGAACGCCGUCAUUGGAACGCCGUCCCGUGGAUCUCCCACAGCAAGGACCGGUCCGCACGCCGCCACGGAAGAGACUUUGAAGGUACGAGACAGCUCGCUGUGUUUCUAAUUGCCCGCGUCUCCCUCCCUUGAGCUCGUUAGCAUCUCGUCGUGCUCAAACAUGACGGUAUCCAAUGGUAUAUGUGAGUUUAGCGAGUUUCUGUGUAAAAAAAGAAAAACCCUGUACGUGUACGUAAAAAUGUAUUGCUGCUGUCAUCAGAAAGUGUUUCUUUUGUUUGGGGCUGGAUACCGCUGUAGAUUGUCGCCGUGUGAGGGCCUCUCGGCCCCCCAGCCGAGCUCCAGAUGCAGAAUCCGGGGCGGCUGCAGGUUUCCGCUAAAUGCUCAGCCGUCCCGGGUCCCAGCAUGAGGUCGAGCCAACAUCAAGCUCUGUCGGAGGCUCGACUUCAGCUCCGUCCUGUCUAAUUUUACUUGAAGACCAUAGUGGGGUGAUGGUGGUGAGGUGUUGUGCUUGUCUCACGUCAAAGAAAUGUGGAUGUAACAUAAUAUUGUCGUGUCAACACUCGGGGUUGCUAGCAUAACGGUAAAAAAAAGAAAAAAGAAACCCCGAUAAUCAGGUCUGUAAAGCGUCUUUUAUUGUUUUACAAUGUACCCUGUGUUGUCCCGGCCGCCUGUGUCUAAGAAGUCACUUUAAUUACACGUAGCGUACAGUGUUUUCUGUGCUCGUCUGAGGCAACGCGAGGAGACACGCGGCUCUUCGCUGAGCGACUGUCGAGCAGCUAAUUUGUCUCCAGCGCCGAAACGGAGGGAAAACCUCUCCCUCUGUUCAGCGCGGCCCGGCUCGUUAGGCUAGAAGUGGGGUUGGCACGCUGCGAAAAGCAGCCACCGAGGAUCUGUGGCAAACACUCAAGAAAUAAUGACGGCUGAAGCCAGAUAGGGAAAAGAAAAAAGAAAAGACUUGAUUUCCUGGCUGACGACCAAAGUCUCUCGGCCACAAUAGUGUUUCAGAGCUUAAAAUCACAGCUCCCGGAUCAAACGACCAUGGCGCAAUUACUGUCCGCGUGUCCCGGGAGAGAUUUCUCUCCGCUGGUGGUUUGCCAGGCACCGAAACUACAAUCGCCAUUAUCUAACGACGGGCUGUGCGCAGCAAGAGAGCAGCUGAUUUAAUUAGGACGGGAGCAGCGGCGACAAACCCGGGUCACUUUUCAUUUCCACAUGCCGGCGCCACUCGUGUUCCCGCGGCAGGUACACGUGUAGCCGUCUUACUUUGUCGCCCGCAGGCUGCGAAAAUGGUCGCGGCGAGCGCAAAAAGGCCCCUCGCGACCCGGACGACUGCAGUGCACUUUAGAGGCGCUGGAAAGUGUGUAAUGGUUAGCAAAGCGCUGUUAUUUCGCCGCUCUCGCUCAGGUUUUCUUUGCCAUUUCUUUUCUUCUUCUUUUUUUUUAAAAAUUCCACUUUAUUCCUCUGACAAAAGACUGCCUUAUUACAUCUGAGUCUAAAGCGAUGCGGUAAACGCACUCUCUCCCCAGGUCUUAUUUCUUUUCCGAACACUCUCAUCCCACGCACACACACACGCACACACACACACACUCUUUAUCCUUUUUUUUACGUUUCAAUUAUCCUUUGAUCCCCAAUCUUCUGUUCACUGUAACUGCGCUAGCUUUCACUCUCACUAUGUAAUCAUGCAGCCAGUCACCUCGUUCCCACCUCCUCUCUCUCUCUCUCUCUCUCUCUCUCUCUCUCUCUCUCUCUCUCUCUGUUCGGACUGUUUCCCACCUGUUGCAUGUUUCUUUUCUUUCAAAAGAGAAAAGAUGACUGGGGCUACUGCAUGUGGUAAUUUAGGAAAUAUGUUAUCAUAAACAACAUUUUCAGCGUAGCAACAGUAGAGCUUUGCGCCUGGCUCAUUCCUGCCGUCGGUUUGCACCGGUUGAUAUUUGGGUCAUUGAAACAUUCAAAUGGCAAACGUUGGCUUCCCUGUGGCAUCACAUGCAACUCACGGGGACAUACGGCGUUUGAAGCAUAAUCCAUCAUUGCCAUAAUGAAGCAAAGGAAGAAUUAAUCAAAAUGACUUCAUAUCACUAACACAGUUACACUAAUGCAUGUCUUGCGUGGGAGAUUUUCAGCAGAGCAUCAAUAUUUAAUUCUGUCUGAGAGCAGGAAAAUUAUAACACAAAAAAAACAGGAGUAAGUAAUUGUUUGAUAUCCUUUGUUGCUUCUUUAGACAAUGAUGGAUUGAGCUUGGGAAAGUUAUUCUCGGUACUCAUAGAGGGUGAUGAGCAGCCGAGAGGACCAUGAUACUAACUCAAUACAACGUCUUUGAACCUACAAGCACACAAGAGGGUCGGCGUACUCAAGACGUUUAUGCUUUAUAGACGUACGUAAAAACAUGGAAAUGACAACGAUCAUUUGCAUUAAAGUAAAAGUAAAUGUGUUCCUUUAAUUGAUUUGAGAAUGUGUGACUCAAUGAGUUAUAUGCUUGAUAUGGAGUCACAUGGGCAAUGGAAGCUAGUGCACACAUGUAGUGACUCGCUCAGCGAGGAUUAAACAUCAGAUGAACCUGCCGUGUCUUUCUGCUGCAAACCGUGCCAGCGAUGGGCCAAAAGCAAAGUGUCACUGGUGCCGACCUUAAAGGAGAAUACUCUGUGCGUCAGUAAGUGUACAGUUACUUUACAUACAUAUUAUGCAAACCGUUUGUCUGCACUGUACAGUUUGUGUCCAAUCCAUUGUAUAAACACAGGAAAACAUAUUGAAUAAAGGAUUUAUAGAAAGGAA